AUGGCUCCGUCUGGCAGGGAUGAGAAUAUCCGGUUGCUGAUCGCCGACGUUGUCCAGGCCUCAAAGCUCCCCCCCAAGUCUCGUACCAUAAACAUCAAGCCUGUUGUAGCCGAACUUAUAUCGGCGGCAUACGAGCAUGGCCUGCUUCCUGAUGCGCUCAGCGACUUGAUCGAUCUCGUAACGACCCCUAACCAUCUAGACCAAGCCAGUCUAGCCGCAAUUGUGAGAAAUCUCUAUCCAGCAACUCGGGUCUCGCGUGAUGUUGGCCUGCGUGUGGUGGGAAGCUUCGGCCAUGGUCGUCUGAAACCCUCUCUGAAUAUUCAGGCUGCGCUCUUGCGGUGGCUCAUCCUCGUUUAUCACGUCCUUGAGUCACCUGGAUCCCUCUCCCAAGCUUACCAGGUGUUGUUUUGUCUUCUUGAUACCGCGGCAACGAGGCCACAGCUUAGCCACUUGUUAGCACUGGUUACAAGGAGAAAACAUGUCAAGCCGUUUCGGAUACAGAACCUCCUUAACCUUUCGAGACAAACGGGCAAUGACCCGUCCUUGAUAGGACUUUUGCGUGUCUUCAAAGACUAUUAUCCGGAAAUUAUCGUCGCAGAAGCUGUUCGUGGCAAAGCCUCGGCCUUCAAGCACCCGGAUCCUAUAUGGCGGGCAAGACUCGAUGAGAUUCAGGAAGCCCAUGCCCAAUCUAUGCAGGACCUUACGGCCCCUUCACAGUACGACGGUUUCCGUGUAAAUCGACCAAUUAACUCCGGGCAGAGACGCAAGGCGAUACCCUUUGUGCAAACAUAUCACGCCUCGGAGGUGACUUUAUGCUCCCCCUACGUAUUGGCUUUGCAGCGACUGACUCUAGUACAGAAAUCAAUCACCCUAGAGGAGGUGGAAAAUGCAACCAAACUUGCCCAGAACCUCGAAAAGAUCCAGCUGCCGAAUCAGAUGGUGGCCGUCCUCGCUGAUCCGUUGCUUCAAAAGCUUCUUUUAUUGUCUCCAAAUGGUGAUGCGUUUCAGCGUAUCACGAACUGGUUGCAAGCAGUUCUUGACGAUGUGAUUUGUGGCGGCACCGAUGAAGACACGUUCUGGGACAUUAUUGAUGUUCUUCGGGAGUUUGUUCUACAUACAAAGACCGUUCCACCCGUAUUGUUAAGUUUCUUUGCUCGCUUUUUCGAAAUAUGGGAUGGAGCAGGGCGCAGAGAUCUGCUUCUUGAAAUAGUGGCCUACACGCCACUCCACGAAUACGACAAAUUAUUCUCGCACAUCUUCCAACCCCUAGAGACCGCAUUCCUGAGACAGGACCCCUCAUCACACGCUAAACUACUUACCCUUUACACGAGACUACUCCGUCACUGGUCCGCUCUGCUCUGCUCAAUCCAGGUUAUUCCAGACCACGCCAGCUCGACAGUUUCCGCCCUCGUACAGCAUGUCGGCGUGAUUGCCCAGACGCUUGUACAGUCCUCGCCCAGCGUGUCCUCAUUCUCCACCAUCCUCGACUUCUACGAACAGUUUGUCCGCCUAGUAUCAGACGAAAGACUCCGGAACCACAUCAGGAUCGAGCUGCCGCCUCCUAGCCUCAUCUACAUGACAUUCUUCAGCAACUCACUCGUGGCCACAUCCCGACUGUGCCACGUUCUGGCAUUCUUUAAGAAAGGAUUCGAGAUGGCCAUGUCCAGCCGUUCUCAGCAAACAGGAUCUCAGAACGACCCCUUGUCGUACAGACGGGCCUACGUGAACAAGUACAAUGGCUUCCUGAUGGACUUCUGCAACUGUCUUUGGCGCUCGCGCGCGUUCAGCGACUCCGAUGCGAACGCCGUCGGCUGUCUGAUCCCUCGCCCGGUCGUUGCCGUCCUCGCCGAGUACGUUCCCAUGGUUGACGGCAGCUCGUCGCUCGCCCCCCUAUUUGGGCUGUCGUACUCCCCGGUCUUAUGCUACCAGAGCAUAGAGAGUGUACGUGAUCUAGAAGAUGACGAGAUGGCCCAGGGCAAGCCGAUAAGCACUCGGCAUGCCGGGCCCGUCACGCAGGCGAGCUUGGCAAGACUCGCGAGUUCCGGGGGGAUGGAGCUGAGCUGGCAGGAGUAUCGGAUCAAGGUUCUGCAUGGGCUUACGGAUAAGGGGUUCCCAGGGAUAGCAGAGCUGCUCAAGUCCACCAUGAUGGUGCUGAAGAAUACUAUGGAAGGUCAACCGGGUACCGCAAGCCAAGGCUCGUCUCAAUAA